GUAAACUUGACAUGGCUGGACGGCUUCCUGCGAUUGUAGUCGAUAAUGGCACUGGUUACUCCAAAAUCGGAUAUGCUGGGAACUCUGAGCCUCAAACAAUCUUCCCAUCUUGUAUCGCCGUAAAGGAAUACAGCAAAGUUGGUACACGUGAAACGCGUCGCCUGGGUACUGGAUUAGAUGACUUGAACUUCCACAUUGGGGAUGACGCCCUGGCUCUGGACGGAAAGGGCGAUUUUUCCGUGAAGUGGCCCAUUCGACACGGGAUAAUCGAGGAUUGGGACCUGAUGCAACGGUUCAUGGAACAGGUGAUUUACAAACUACUCCGGGCAGAACCCGAGGAUCACUAUUUCUUGUUGACAGAGCCUCCGUUAAACACUCCGGAAAAUCGCGAGUACACUGCCGAAAUCAUGUUUGAGACGUUCAACGUACCAGGGCUCUACAUAGCUGUUCAAGCUGUUUUGGCACUGGCAGCCUCUUGGUCCUCACGUCCCAAAGAGGAGCGUACACUGACUGGAACAGUGAUCGACUCUGGCGACGGUGUUACCCACGUGAUUCCCGUAGUGGAUGGUUACGUUGUGGGCUCAUGUAUCAAACACAUCCCGAUUGCGGGUCGUGACAUCACGUAUUUUAUCCAACACCUAUUGCGAGAGCGAGAAAGCAAUAUACCACCAGAGAUGAGUAUGGAAAUAGCAAAGCAAAUCAAAGAGAGAUAUUCCUACGUUUGCCCAGACCUUCCGAAAGAGUUCGCCAAAUACGACGCUGAACCAGCCAAGUGGAUUCAGAAACACAACGUGCCCAAAACAGCCAAGUAUCCAGGGUUCUCCGUGGAUAUUGGCUAUGAACGCUUCCUAGGUCCGGAGAUCUUCUUCCAACCUGAAUUUGUCAAUCCAGACUUCACCACUUCACUCAGCGAUGUUGUGGAGGAAGUUAUUCAGAAGUCGCCGAUAGAUGCCCGGCGUGGUUUAUAUCGCAAUAUUGUACUGUCGGGCGGUAGUUCCAUGUUCAAACAUCUUGGAAAACGUCUGCAACGAGAUAUCAAGCAGAUUGUGGAUAAUCGCCUGCGCUUGACUGAGGAAUUGUCCUGUGGUCGGCUAAAGCCAACUCCGAUUGAAGUCAAAAUUGUCACCCACCCAAUGCAGCGCUACGCCGUCUGGUUCGGUGGCUCAAUCCUUGCGGACACGAAUGAGUUCUACUCAGUCUGUCACACGAAAGCUCAGUACGAGGAGUACGGACCAUCAAUUUGUCGCCACAACCCAGUUUUCGGUACGAUGACCUAAGCGAGGACCUGACAAUCCGGAGACCCAACGGGCAAUACAUUAUUUUCUUGCCGGUUGCCUUGCCGGAUGUUCCCACAUGCAUGCGUGUUUACGAACCAAAAUUUGUCCGCUCUAAUGAUGUUUACCAGUUAAAACUGACGCUGAUACCUUCUACUGCUGUCGCCACUGCCGUUCGACUCUGUGAUUUUUUGUGCGGUUUCUUCUUUGUACUUUGUCACAUAACAAACUCCAACCAAUAACUUUUUGAUGCUGAAUAAAAAUCAAUAUCCACUCUAUUCAUACAAAGUUU